AUGCCACCCAGAUUUCUUCGCGGUAGAGGCAAAGGACCCGUGUCAGGACAUGAUCACGAGGCCGGGCCGUCGCAUCGACGUACUCCUUCCAUCACCAUGAGCACCAGCCCGCAAGAGCCAUGGAGGCUCUAUGUCGAACCAGGAAGGCGAUCAGUAUCCCUUAGCUCCUCUCCUUCGUACCAACACUCAUUUGGGCCCCAUUCUGAAAACGAGCCCAACAACCAGCCGCCAGCUUUCAUACCUCUUCAGAGAUCCAAUUCUCACCAUUCUUUUGGCGACCCAACACCCGUUUUCCAAAGCCGAUUUAACCCGGCUAACCUUUUGCCAGAACCCGUGGGUUUUAACCCACUUGGGCCGGAAGACCACUUCUCCGGGGACAACAAUAUGGACGAGGAUACUGACCCUAUGGAGCCUGCUACGGGGACGCCCAACCACCCGAUAGAGAUAUCUGACGGAUCGUCUUUCCACGGAUCGCCUUAUCGUGGUCCAGACAGCUACGAGGAGAGGUUCCGAAACAUUGACUGGUACUUCACCCCGUCUGAACACUCGCAUCAUCAGCAGCAACAGGAUCCUUCGGUGGGUCAACAGUUUGUGGCAGUCACGCCGCCGCCACCACUGCCAGUGGAGCAGCAGCCGCCUCCGGAGCCACCAAGGCGGAGAAGGUCUAAUGCACGGAUGUCUGUGCGAGGUGGAGUUCGAAUCAGUACUCCCCAGCCAUCAAGUGGCAGCCAUUAUCCGCCACUUCAGGAGGAAGAGGACCCAUAUAAUGGUGGUCCGUCAAGCCCUAUACCAGAUGUUAACUCAGUACCUGUGGUACCACCUUUGGGUUUCGAUAACCCGAUUCCUGCGUAUGCUGGGUCAGCGGCAUACAACCCAUUUGAGCAGCCAACGCACACCCACUACAACUACCACUAUGGUUAUGCGGAGGUAGAUCCGUAUCAAGUAGCUCGGGACUACAAUGCCCUUCAUCCUGAAGGACCAUAUGGAGGACCAUGGACUACUGGUUACCCGACUUAUGGGUACCAGCAUCAGCCACCUCCUCCACCGGUGUAUCAGCCGCCACAGCCACAGAUUCAGCAGGAAGUCCUUGAGAGGCUAAACCAAGUUGAACAAGAAGUUCGUGAAGACCGCAGAGAGCGGCAAGGUUUCUUCAAAGGGCUGUCAGACUUGCUUAAGGGGAAGUCGAAGAGGAGGGGUCAUUGA